CAGGGCAUUUUUUUUUUUUUUUUUCUUAAAAAAUUUCCCAUUUGUUUCUCUCUCUGGACUCUCUCCCAUCUCUCUCUAUAUAUUCCCACCGCAUUUGACCGCCGUACAAUUGUCGCAGAUCACCACAGCCCCUUUGGCCGUCUGCCUUCAAAAUCAAAAAGCAGGGACCUUUCUCUUUCACUACCCCUUUUCCUCUUAUCUCCUCUGCAGAUAUAUUUUGGGUCAGCUUUAAUGGCUGCGUACAUGCUUAAACAUCUUCAUUUGCGCGCAUAAACGCCGUGUUCUUGGACUUGGGCUGUAGCUAUCCUUUAGCCCCCAUUUGUGCUUCCCCAAAUCUAGAUAAUUCGUUUUGAUCUGAAGGCUGAUAUUGUCUCGUCAACCAAUCUUGAACUGGGGGCCGUUUGUCAGUGACAUCUCUACUAAUGGAUCUCAAUGGUCACGGACGAAGUAGACUAAAGAAUCUUGCUGUGUAUCAAAAUGGUGAGUUAAGCACUUCGAGUGAAGAUGACCAUGAUCCAUGGACUGCUUGGGCCUAUAAACCUCACACUGUGACAUUUUUACUUAUUGGAGCAUGUUUUCUUGUGGGUGUAUGGGCAAUGAUUGCUGUGUUCCUUUCCUAUUGCUUGUUACAAGCUCCUUCUACAGUGCUUAUCCGUCCACAUCCUGCCAUUUGGCGCCUUGUUCAUGGAAUGGCUGUCAUUUAUCUUGUUGCACUAACAUUUCUCCUUUUCCAGUAUUUUUCUGAUGCACUUUCUAAAUUUUCCCCUUUCCAGAAGCGUGACGAUGCUCGGCAGUUCAUGAGAUUCCUGCAUCCUGAUCUUGGUGUUGAGCUUCCUGAGAGAUCUUAUGGCUCUGAUUGUCGAAUAUAUGUGCCUGAAAAUCUCACGAGCAGGUUUAAGAAUGUUUAUGAUAUACUGUUUGAUGAAUUUGUUCUGGCACACAUUCUUGGAUGGUGGGGAAAAGCUAUAAUGAUUCGUAACCAGCCAUUGCUGUGGGUGCUUUCGAUUGGCUUUGAGUUAAUGGAGGUGAAAAGAACAUUGGGGCAAUUUACACCUUCGAGGUGGGAUAAAGAUGAGUGGCACCCACUUCUUGGCCCGUUUCGAUUUAUUCAAGUUCUCAGUCUCUGCAUUAUUUUCUUAACUGUGGAACUCAACACCUUCUUUCUCAAAUUCUGCCUUUGGAUUCCUCCUAGAAACCCACUCAUCGUUUAUAGGUUAAUUUUGUGGUGGCUUAUAGCGAUACCCACAAUUCGCGAGUACAAUUCGUACUUGCAAGACAGAAAACCGGUGAAGAAAGUCGGAGCAUUUUGCUGGCUUUCUCUUGCUAUCUGCAUUGUUGAGCUCCUUAUUUGUAUUAAGUUUGGACACGGAUUAUUCCCUAUUUCAAUGCCCAGUUGGUUGGUCGUGUUUUGGACGUGUGCUGGGCUUGGGAUAGUGAGUUUCUUGGUUGUGUGGUCAUGGCAACUGCACAGAUCACUAAAGAGAAAGCUGCAAUAGUAUAGCUUUCUUCGACUGCUUGCUUGUCGGUGAACCACUGUGUUAGCUCCUCCCUCGCGUCUUC